UAGAAGUAUCGGUUCAUUCUUGCAAGUUAUGUGAUUGGCACCCACCAAAUGCUCUGCGUUUGGGGUGUGAGACUGGACAGCCGCACCGUGAUUCCCUAUUUGAGCGCUAUUUUCUUACGACGUGAUUGACUGAUGUACCACUCAGGCAUAGGUGGCAACGAGAGGAGAGCAUUUGCUCAAAAACUUCCCAAACAUGACGCCGUGGAGCGGCGGCGCCAGGCGGCCUCUGCCGCCUCCUCCACCGUGUCUUUCAGUACGACCCGCGACGCGCGCACCAUCGCCGGCGUGCAGACGUCGCCCAGCUCCUCGACAUGCUGCAGCGACGUGGUGGAGCCGCUUGACUUCGAAGAAUUCCUGGAGGCGCACCAGCUGGAGCUGGCCUCGGACGAGCUGCGCGACCUGCUCGACUCGCCGCCGGACGACAUCGACGUGGGCAUCAUACAGCGCCGAUACCGCACCGUCCGGCCGCUGGCGCCCGACAAACACGAGAUCGGAUCGCUAGACCUGCAUGUACAGGAGUGCGUGCGCCACUACUUGUCCGACUGGGUGUACGCCCAUCGGCGGUACUCGGAGUUCGGCAGUGCUGGCAUCUACCAGCGCUCGCUAGAAGCACAAGUGCAGACAUCUGCCGAGCUGUAUCAGGAGUACGAGGUUGACGGCGUAGUGGAAUUUUCCAUCUCUAAUGGCGCCAGCAAGUCGACGCCGUCCAGCUCGGCCCGCAGCAGCAUGCUGAUGGCCGACACGCCUCGCGGGAGCUGGGCCUCCCACUUCGACCUGAAGAACUCGACGGCCGAUGCGCUGCUGCCGUCGCUGCUGGACCGCGUGCCGACGGACACGCUGGACCGGCUGAACGAGGCGCGCCGUCAGCAGGGCCGCCUGGGCUCGCUGUUCUCACUGUACCCGCCCGAGAAGGAGGACGUGAUAGAGCGCCGCGCCGCGCCGCCGCUGCCGGCCGAGCACCGUGGCCACCGCAUCCUCGUCAAGUGUCUCCAGCUCAAGCUGGAGGUGACGAUCGAGCCCAUCUUCGCCUCGAUGGCCCUGUACGACGCCGGCCGGAAGAAGAAGAUAUCGGAGAACUUCUAUUUCGACAUGAACUCGGAGCAGAUGAAGAGCAUGAUGCGCGACCACGUGCCCUACGUCGACAUCAGCACACUCAGCAAGAGCUGCAUCUUUGACAUCACCUACCCCUCGGCGGACCUAUUCCUUGUGAUCAAGCUGGAGAAGGUGAUGCAGGGCGACAUCAACGAGUGCGCCGAGCCGUACAUCAAUGAUAAGAGCCGGGAGAAGGCACACGCCGUGGCGGCCGGCUUCUGCGAGCGGCUCGGCCAGUAUCGCAUGCCGUUCGCCUGGACGGCCAUCUUCCUGACCAACAUCGUGGACGGCAUCAACAGUCUGGAGCGGGAGGCCGGCGACAGAGACACGUCCAGCAACCCCAACAGUCUCGAGCGCAAGUCCUCCCAGUCGAGUUUCGACCAGUUCCGCAAGCGGCCGGCGGCGGGCGAGGGCGGCGGCGGCAGCGGCGGCCUGGGCCGGCGCGGCUCGUUCGAGCGGCGCAGCUUCAGUGAACGGCGCACGCUCACGCCCGAGCAGUUCGGCCAGAGUCUGCAGACGUUCCGGCCCGUCACGCUCACCGUCGCCAGCUUCUUCAAGCAGGAGAGCGACCGGCUGAAGGAGGAGGACCUGUUCAAGCACCUGCAGGACCUGAAGCGGCCCAGCAGCGGGCUGAAGAAGCUCAAGUGCAUCGGCGGCACGCUCAAGCUGGACAUAUCGCCGUGUCCGGACGAGGUCAAGAACUGCCUGACGCCGGAGCUGGCCAAAAUCAGGCCGUAUCCCGACGACAAGUGCCGGCCCUGCAAGGAGCUGCUCGAGUUCCCCUCGCAGGCGGUGUACGAGCCGCACUUCCUCUACCGCAGCGUGCUGUUCGUGUCGCCCAAGAGCGUCAACUUCACCAACUACCCGAACAAGCCAGGCAUAUCAGCCCGCAACAUCGCCGUGCGCGUGCAGUUCCUGAACGGCGAGGGUGCGGGCGCGCCCAUGCCGGUUAUCUUCGGCCGCUCCUCCAUGCCAGAGUUCGUCAGCGAGGCGCACACGGCCGUCAGCUACCACAACAAGAUGCCGGACUUCUACGACGAGAUCAAGCUGAAGCUGCCGGCUAACCUGACGGACGCGCACCACCUGCUGUUCACCUUCUUCCACAUCAGCUGCCAGCCGCGCAAGCAGGAGCAGACCAGCGCCGCCACCCCGAUCGGAUACACGUGGCUGCCGGUGUUCCGAGACGGCCGCCUGAACACGGGCGACGCGUGCCUGCCGGUGCUGCUGGAGCCGCCGCCGCCCAACUACCCCUACAUCACGCCCGACAUCAACUUGCCCGGCGUCAAGUGGGUCGACAACCACCGGCCGCUCUUCUCCGUCUCGAUCACGGCCGAGACGUCCGUGCACGCCCAGGACAAGGGCAUCGACAGCUUCCUUUCCAUGUGUCGGGUGGUGGAGAGUGGCGUGGUGCCGCCCCGCAUCGGAGAGAACAACGUCGAGGCGGAGCUGAACCGCAGCAUCCAGCAGCUGAGCGAGAGCGAUCCGGAGCGGCUGGUGCGCCUGCUGCCGCUGCUGCUGGACCGGCUGCUGCAGCUGCUGGUGCGGCCGCCGAUCGUCGCCGGCCAGGUCAUCAACACCGGCCAGCCGUGCUUCCAGGCCAUCGGACAGCUGGUGCAGCGGGUCUCGGACCUGCUGGAGUCGCGUAACGAUCAGCACGGCCGUAACGCGCUGCUGAUGACGUACGUGCGGUACCAGUGCACGCUGCCGCAGGGCGCGGCCGAGCCGGUGCUGGGCGGCCUCUCGCCGCCGCACAGCCCCGCCUACGUCGGCCGGGCCUCCUCGCUGCCGCGCGCCCGCACCUUCAGCAGGAGCACGAGUAACCCGAACAUGGCGGCGCCGCUGGACGCCGACUCGGAGGUUGGGCAGAUCCUGAGUCGCGCCCUGGAUCGGACUGCCAGCCUUCGCACCGUGCUGGAAGAGCUGCACGAAGGCGUGAGUCAGGAGCUGCUGGUGUCCAGCCGCACGGCCACUACCCGCAAGGUGGUGCACGAGGAGUUGGCGCUGCAGUGGGUGGUGUCCAGCGGCCGCUCGCGAGAGCUGGCGAUGCUCAACCCCUGGUUCUUCUUCGAGCUGAUGUUCAAGUCGAUGCUGUGUCACCUGGCGUCGAGCGGCCGCAUGGAGGCGCCGCGCCGCUACCGCUUCCCCGAGCGCUUCGCCGACGACGUCACCACGCUGGUCACCAGCAUCACCAACGACAUUGUCAGCCGGCAGACACGCGACAACCGCGAGGUGACGCGGGACGUGAGUCGACUGAACGCGGCUCUGGCCUUCUUCAUCAACGAUCUGCUGUCGGUGAUGGACCGCACGUUCCUGCUGGGCCUGGUGCGGCUCUACUGCCGCGAGAUGUCGUCCCGCCGCGCGCUCGCCGCCGACCCGGCGCAGCUGACGCACCUCAAGCUGGACUUCCUGCGGAUCGUGUGCUCGCACGAGCACUACUUCUCGCUGAACCUUCCGCUGGCCACCCCGCUGAGCAGCGCUCAGCCGGCCGCCUCGCCGACGCCGUCGGUGGGCUCGGCCAGCUCGCAGUCGUCCUACCUGUCGUCCACGCUGGUGGCCAACGAGCGGCCGCGCUUCGCCGAGCUGAGCGCCGAGUUCCGGCAGCAGCACUUCCUGGCCGGCCUGGUGCUCAGCGAGCUGGACCUGGUGCUGCGCGGCAGCAACUCGGGCACGCACAGCAAGUCGGUGAGCGUGGUGCGCAACCUGCUGGCCUGGCACGACGCCGACCCGCGCUUCCAGGAUCCGACGGCCAAGGCGCGCGUGGCGCUGCUCUACCUGCCACUGCUGCCCGUCGUGCUGGACAACCUGGAGCACGUGCACGACUGGAGCGCGCAAGGUCGCGGCGGCUACCUGUCCCGGGAGGGCGGCACCUUGGGCGCCCAGCUGCUGAACGGGGGCCGGGACGCGGCCGGUGACGACGCCGCUCGCGAUGCCCAGCUGGAUAUGUCGAGUACCAUCACUCCGGACAUGUCCUACUUCAGCGGCCUGUCGGGUAUUCGGCCGGAGACGAGCCGCGACCUGCUGACCUGCGUACUGUGGGUGCUGAAAAACACGCGCGCGGACGUGCUGCGUGCCACCUGGGCCGAGUAUCGACCGUCGCGCAUCCAGCUGCUGCUGCGGCUGCUGCACACGGCCGUGUCUUGCUUCGAGUACAAGGGCCGGCGCCAGUCACCUCUGGCGAGCCAGCCGAGCCUGCGCGGCUCCACGCGCGCCGUCGAGGCCAAGUCGCGGCUGGAGGACAUGAUCCUGGGCCAGGGCUCGGCGCGGAGCGAGCUGAUGCGGCGGCGCUCGCAGCUGCAGGCGUCGCCGGCGCCGGCCGCGCCCACGCCGCCGCCGCCGGCCGCCGCCGCCACGCCCGACCGGCUGCGCUGGCGCAAGGAGCAGACGGCGCCGCAGUGGCGGCUGGACCCGGAGCGGCCGGGCCGAGCGGACGCCGAGCCCGCCGACCCGGCCGCCGAGCGCAGCCUGGCCGCCGAGGCCAGCAUGGUGGUGCUGAGCGCGCUCGAGACGGUCAUCCAGGUGCUGUCUAGUCAGGAUGGCCUCCACGGCCUGCUGGGCAUGGCGUUCCGCGUGCUGCUGCACGCGCUCUCCUGCAACCAGAGCACGGCCGUCAUCGCCAACAUGUUCGCCACGCAGCGCUCCCUAGUCACAAAGUACUCGUCGCUGCUGUUCGUCGAGGAGGCGGAGCACUGCGCCGACCUGUGCCUGCGCCUGCUGGAGCACUGCAGCAGCGCCGUGUCGGGCACGCGCAGCCAGGCGUCCGCCUCGCUCUACCUGCUCAUGCGACAGAACUUCGAGAUCGGCAACAACUUCGCCCGGGUGAAGAUGCAGGUGACGAUGUCGCUCAGCUCGCUGGUGGGCACCAGCCAGGACUUCAACGAGGGCUACCUGCGUCGCUCGCUGAAGACGAUCCUCGAGUACGCCGCCGAGGACCGCGAGCUGGAGGAGACCACCUUCCCCGUGCAGGUCAGCGACCUGGUGUUCAACCUGCACAUGAUCCUCUCCGACACGGUCAAGAUGAAGGAGUUCCAGGAGGACCACGAGAUGCUGCUGGACCUGAUGUACCGCAUCGCCAAGGGCUACCAGAACUCGCCCGACCUGCGGCUCACCUGGCUGGACAACAUGGCCAAGAAGCACAUGGAGCGGGGCCAGUACGCCGAGGCAGGCAUGUGCUACAUCCACAGCGCGGCGCUCGUCUCCGAGUACCUCAGCAUGCUGGAGCCCAAGUCGUACCUGCCGCUGGGAGCCACCGCCUUCGAGAAGAUCUCGCCCAACGUGCUGGAGGAGAGCGCCGUCUCCGACGACGUGGUGAGUCCGGACGAGGAGGGCAUCUGCACGGGCAAGAGCUUUACCGAGCCCGGACUGGUGGCGCUGCUCGAGCAGGCCGUCAACGCCUUCGACAACGCCUUCAUGCACGAGGCGGUCAACGACGUGUACAAGCUGCUCAUCCCGAUCUUCGAGAACGCGCGCGACUACCGCAAACUGAGCGCCAUCCACGGGAAGCUGCAGGACUCGUUCAGCAAGGUGAUCUCGGCGGACGGCAAGCGCCUGUUCGGCUCGCACUUCCGCGUCGGCUUCUACGGCUUCAAGUUCGGCGACCUGAACGGCGAGGAGUUCCUCUACAAGGAGCCGGCGCUCACCAAGCUGGCCGAGAUCUCCAACCGGCUGGAGAGUUUCUACUCGGACCGGUUCGGCGCGGCCAACGUGCACACCAUCAGGGGCUCCAACAAGGUGGAGCCGCACAAGCUGGACCCGGACAUGGCCUACAUCCAGAUCACCUACGUGGAGCCGCACUUCGACAUGUGGGAGCGGCGCACGCGCGCCACGGCCUUCGAGCGCAACUUCGACGUCCGCACGUUCAUGUUCGCCACGCCGUACACGCUGGACGGCCGGGCGCACGGCGAGCUGCACGAACAGCACAAGCGCAAGACCAUCCUGACCGUGGCCAACAGCCUGCCAUACGUCAAGACGCGCGUGCCCGUCACGGCGCGGAAGGAGGUGACCUUGACCCCGAUCGAGGUGGCCAUCGAGGACAUUCGGAAGAAGACGGCAGAACUGGCGGCGGCCAUCUCCCAGACGCCUCCCGACACCAAGAUCCUGCAGAUGGUGCUGCAGGGCUGCAUCGGCACGACCGUCAACCAGGGCCCGAUGGAAGUGGCCAACGUGUUCCUCUCCGACCUGUUCUCCGGACAGGAGCCGACCGACCUGCAGAACAAGCUUCGCAUCUGCUUCAAGGACUUCUCCAAAAAGUGCACUGACGCGCUGCGCAAGAACCGCAACCUGAUCAAGCCGGACCAGGCCGAGUACCAGAAGGAGCUGGAGAAGAACUACCAGCGCUUCGCCGACAAGCUGAAGCCGAUGAUCUCCGCGCGGCAGGCACACACGCUCACGCUCUCCAAGAGCCGGUCCCGGGAGCUGGUGCCGGCCACGCACCUCAAGACCAGCCCGUUCGUGUAGCGCCGCCGGCGCCCAGCCCAGCUCAGGGGGACGCCGGGCGGCCGGCGCCCGGCGCACCACACUGUGAUAGCGGCC